UCUAUGUGUCUAUCUUGCCCAGCUUCUGGCUCUUCAUAAAUUUCAGCCAAAUAGACGAACUGCUUAUAUUGGUACUUGCGAGCCAUUUCAGUUUCGUUUCAAAUUCAGCUUUUCAGGCAUACAUAAGUUAAAAAUUUAAUUGCCGUAUAUCUACUUCAUUUCUAGCUUGUUGAUUGGUUCAGUAUAUCCUUCUUACCAGUUCAUAAAAUCCCGAACGUACGUGCUGUUUCCAAAGUCUUCCCCUCUCGAUGAUCUCCAUCCUAGCUCAAACUUCAUAAAUAUUCCUAAAUGAUAAAUUACAUUAUUGAAGGGGUUAAUUAGGCCUUUUACUAAUCACCUGCAGUUUCCAUAUUUCCAACAAUUUUUCAGGACUACCGUUCAGAGAAUCCAAACCUAUCAUAUCCCGCAUCAAAAACGCUCUAGUUAUGUAUAAGCAGCGUGUCCCCGUUGAGAACGAUGAUACCUAUAUGAUGAGCACAACACGAGGUACGAACUAUGAUUUCGAAAGUGUUGAGGAGCAAGGGCGAGAUGGUUCAUCGAAAACUGUAGAUGCACUUUCAACCAAGAAAAAAUUGAAAAUUGCACUUCUUUCCGUUUCAUUGUGGAACAAGCUAUUCCUAAUCGCAUGUGUGAUUGCAGUCUCAUUAGACCCCUUGUUCUUUUACAUUCCAAUCAUCAAUGAAGAUGAAAAGUGUCUUGGAAUAGACAAAGAGUUGAGGACCAUAGCUCUCAUUUUGCGAUCCCUCAGUGAUAUCAUUUUCAUAGUGCAUAUUGUGUAUCAAAUUUGCGAAGCUACUAUGGCGGCCUACAAAGUACACAUAAAAGGAAAGUCGGAAUUGGAAUUGGAUUGGUCAUAUUCGAAGAUAUCAAUGGGUGAGAUAAUUCCAUUUGCUAAAUUAGUUGCUGGGAAGCUAGCAUGGCGCUCCACGCUAACUGAUAUUUUGGCUGUUCUUCCCAUACCACAAUUUCUAGUGGUCUUUGGUUUCUUCAAAAUGAGAGGCCGUGGAUAUUUGGAACGCAAGAAGAUUCUCAAUGUCUUUCUCCUGGGUCAAUAUUUGCCAAGGAUUUAUCGAAUUUACUUGUCAUCUAAGGAACUUAGACAAACUACAGGAAUUUGGGUUAAGGCUCUGUUCAACUUUUUUCUGUAUAUACUAGCCAGUCAUGUCAUUGGAGCCUUUUGGUACUUCUUUUCUAUUCAACGUGAGACAUCAUGCUGGCAUCAUGCUUGUAUAAAGAAUAGUACAAAUGUCGAAGGAUGUAUGAGUACUUUUUACUGUGAUGGUCACAAUACUACCGCUAGAAAUGUCACUUUUUUCAAUCAGUUUUGCCACAUCAAUGUUGAAGACAAUGCUACAGCGCUUUUUGAUUUUGGAAUAUUUCUUAAUUCUCUCAAGAAUGGUAACACGGGCCAUAUACAUUUUGCAACAAAGUUGUCCUACUCAUUUUGGUGGGGAUUGCGGAAUCUGAGCAAUUUUGGCACGAGUCUCGAAACAAGUACCUAUGUGUGGGAAAGUUGCUUUGCAGUAUUUAUUUGUGUCAUUGGCUUGCUACUGUUUCUAUAUCUGAUUGGAAAUGUUCAGACCUUUAUGUCCAUGGAAGCUCAAAGAUGGGAGGUUAUAAGAAACAAGAUGCUUUUGAAAGAGAAAGAUAUAGAAAGAUGGAUGGACAGGAAUGAAUUGCCCGAUGAUAUGAAGAAAGAAAUCAAGAAAAACAUAACGCAAAAAUUGGAAGAAAACAAAGAUUCAGAUCUGGAGAACCUUUUCAAUAUUCUUCCCUGGUACACCAAAAAGUACCUAAAGCGAGUUCUCUGCAUGGACAUACUAAAGAAAGUACCUAAACUGGAAAGAAUGGAUGAGAAAGUGUUGAAAAUGAUCUGCGACUAUCUAAAGCCAGAGAUGUAUGCUGAGGGCGCCAUGGUUUUUCACAUGGGAGAACCGCUUGAUAGCAUGCUAUUCAUUACAGAAGGCACUAUACUGACCUACAAAACUACCGGUACUGAUAAUCAUGCUCAUGAAAACGCAAAAUUGGGUCCUCCUGCAUCCCCAUCAAUCGGCACCCUUGAGAAAGGCUACUUCUAUGGCGAACAACUGCUGCACUGGGCAUCACAAAAAAACGUGAAUUUAACGGAGGUCCCUAGCUCUGCCGACAAUGUGAAGUGCCAUACAAAAGUAGAAGGCUUUGUUCUCAUGGCCAAGGACUUAAGAACUGUAGUCUCCAAAUGUGAGUACUGGUGGAAAUUAAGCAUUAGUACUCCUAGAGUGGGUGGUACUCGGACCACACCAAAUGCUAGGAAUGUGCAGCAGAAACCUGGAGUGGAUCCGCAGUACUAGCGUAGUGCAGUGCCCUUGGUACCUAGAUAGCGUCUGUUAAUAUUUCUUACGAACUGCUUGCUUGGGUUAUUUUCGAACUAAUGUUCUCGAUGUUUAAAGAUGCAUUGUAGUUUGUCCUUGUGUAUA